AUGAAUAGACGUGCUGCUGCCGCGAUUGUCGCGAUAUGUGUUUCUAUUAAAAUGCGUCGGCGUAAAAAGAGAUCUGUAUGGGUUAAAGAUUGGAUUAAAAGAAGAGCGCAGCUAGGGGCAUAUAACCAAUUGUUGUCUGAAUUGAAAAACGAAGAUCCAGAAUGUUACAAAAACUUUCUUCGGAUGAAACACGACGAUUUUCAAUAUUUAUGUAACAAGAUUUCACCUGCUAUUAAGAAGCAAGAUACGAAUAUGAGACUAGCUAUUAGUGUGGAAGAACGUUUGGCGAUAACAUUAAGAUUUUUGGCGUCAGGAGAUUCGUAUCGAUCGCUCUCAUACCUAUUUCGGGUACCACAACAGACUAUCUCCAAAAUAAUACCAGAAUGUUGCGAUGCUAUUUAUAGAUUUUUAAAACCAAAUUACAUGGAGGUACCUUCAUCAGAAGAUUGCUGGAAAAAAAAAUCAGAAGAUUUUAAAAACAAAUGGAAUUUUCCAAAUGCUAUUGCAGCACUAGAUGGAAAACACGUGGUCAUAAAAGCACCCCAACAUAGUGGGAGUCUGUACUAUAAUUAUAAAGGUACAUUCAGUAUUGUGUUAAUGGCAUUAGUUGACGCUAAUUACAAAUUUAUUUAUGUAGACGUAGGAUGCAAUGGGAGGAUCUCCGACGGAGGCGUGUUUGCAAAUUGUUCACUUUCAAAUGCUUUAAGCAACGGCAGCCUUAAUAUACCGCCACCAAUGCCUCUUCCCGGUAGGGCUAAAUAUGUACCCUAUGUCAUUAUAGCUGAUGAUGCUUUUCCAUUGAAGCCUUAUCUAAUGAAACCUUUUCCUUUUCGUAACCAACCUGGACCUAAUCGUGUUUAUAACUACAGACUGUCGAGAGCUCGACGAGUGGUAGAAAAUGCCUUUGGUUUACUUGCAAACAGAUUUAGAAUAUUAAGGAAACCUAUAGAACUAUGUCCUGAAAAAGUUAUAAAACUUGUAACUGCAAUCUGCGUGUUGCAUAACUUUCUCUUGGAACGGAGUUCACGGCAUGUGUAUGCACCACAAGGCUCCUUCGACGAGGAAAUUGAUGGUGUAGUAACUCCUGGCAGUUGGAGACAAGACCCCCCUCCGGAUAAUAUAUUGUUCUCAAACAGACCACUGGCAUCCAACAUGUCUAAUGAAAGUAAAGAAAUCCGUGAAGAAUAUAAAGAAUAUUUUGUAUCUCCAGAAGGCGAAGUUAGCUGGCAGUACAGAUACAUAAGUUGAAAUUAACAAUAAACCAAUAAAUAAUAAAGACAACUUACCAAAUUUUGUAUUGUUUCAUUUGCUGGUAAGGUACUCGGCAUUAAAAAUUGUAAACUUGUGAAGUAAUCCCAAGUGCUUGCGUAAUUUUCAUCUGUGCCUUGGCCACUCUUCUUUUUUUAAGUUUUCUCAGUUCGUUAUUAAACUGCGUUCGUAAAUUGUGCAGUUUUCUAUUUAUUUCUAAUGCAGAAGUAUUAAAUUGUUCGGCCAGACUUUCUACCGCUGCUGCUUUCUUUACUCGAUUUUUAUAAUCGGGAUUUGAUAUUUGCCAUAGCUCUGGCAGCGAUUCAUAAUAUAAAAUCAAUGAUUUUAUUUCCUCGGUUGACCAAGCUCGUGACGUCAUUGGUCUAUCUAAAAAUUUCGCGCAGGUUCGAAAUUAUCGACACUCGUUGCGGACAGCGCGUGCGUCCUGUCUCCACGGCAGCGACACUGACACUGAGCGACACCGUCAUUACAUGUGCAACUAUGUGUCGCGGCGAUGUACACACACAGACAUUCGAUGUAUACACUUAGUGUCUGGUGUCUGGUGUCGUCGUGUAUCCUUACCCUAAGGAUUUUACAGCAGAAUUGAAUACACAAGAUGAGCCUCCAAUUUAUGCUCAGUUUGAGCAUGAUUUAGGCAUAAUGCUUGCUUUUCGGUUGAGAAAUGUACCAGCCGACAAACGUUUGGAGUGUUAUGAAAAACUAAUUAAUACUGUUAGACAAUACGAAGGGAAAAAAUAAAGAAAGAUAAUAAACAAGACAUUUAUUAAUAAUAAUAAUUACAAGAAUCAUAUUUAUAAAAAUCAGGUACAAAUAUUUUACAAUAAUUGGUAUAUUAUAAUCGUAUUCUUAUGGCAGUCAUAUUAUGGUGAUGACUAAUCAACAAAGAAAAAAUUAAUUAGUUUAAUAAUUGUGGUAUGCUCUAAAACAAUUCCCCAGACAUAACCCAGGAAAGUCUGGGCAAUCUGGGCAACCAAAAUAAACUUGCCCUCUUUUUUGUUGUUGUAUUAUAACACCGCCUACAUCUUUUCCUAAUUUUUUUUCCACCUGUUUUAGGCAAAUGGUCAGGAACAUGAACCCUACCUGGCACAGAAUGUCUUUCUACGCUUGGUUUCUUAGGCAAGAGAAACUCAAUAAUUUGAAGCCUGAAGUCAUACAAACUAAUUUUUGUUUCUCUGUCUAAAUUAAACAUUAAAAAGGCAUUGAAUAUAUUAAUUUGAAUUACAUGAAUGAUAACUUUUUUAUACCACCUUAAUGUUUUAUGUUCAGCACAAUAGUAACUCAACAUUUGAUCAUGUUUAUCAACCGCUCUCAUAUAUUUAUUAUAUUUGACUUGCACUUUUGGUUUAAAGGAAAUGUUUCCAUAUUUAUUUUGUGUUUGUAUAUAUUCGCUAUUAUGCUCUGUACUUACAAAACUAAUUUCUCUCUUGUCUCUCCAUUUUGUGACCGUAACGUUAUUACUAUUGUGCAUAAUACAUGCUUCAUUUGGCUGCAAUCGGGUAAUUAUUACUUGUACAGGAUUGCCUUUUCUAUUAAAUUGUAAUGUACCAGUUAUAUAAGUGUUUUUAUUUAAGAAUUCUUCAGCCAUGCCUACACUUGAAUAAUAAUUAUCCACAUAUAAAGAGUGGCCUUUAUGAACGUAAUUGCUCAUUAAAACACGCAUUACUUUCUUUACGUGAUCUUUUCCUCCCACGACUUGGUCUUGAGACCCAGCAUACAAAUGUAUUUUCAUGCAAAUACCAUGCUUUUCUGCUAACAUAUAUAAUUUUAUACCAUACUUAUGGACUUUAUUUUUAACAACUUCCCUGUCCAGUGAGUCAUAUAUGACUCAUGAGAGCGUAUUGGAAUAAGUUCAUGAGUCACAGGUGACUCAUUUCUCUAUGCGAUCUUAUCACAUUAUUUUAGUGUGAACUUGACACGAUAAAUUUUUAAAAAUUCGUGGACGUGUAGCAAAAAACCUAUAGUUUAUGAUGACAGAAGAAAAUUUCGUGAUUUUUUUAUAAGUUACGUUUUAUUAUUUGAAGAAAUUGGCAGUAAAUAAAAAUCAACACUAAGGUAAAUUGAGGGUUUAUUUUUAAGAGAAUAUAACAAAAUUAAGCAUGUUUCUCAUUGUAACAUUGUAAACAGAAUGCCUUAUUACACAUUUUACACUCGGUGUGAACUUGCUUCGCUUUUCUCGCCAAUAAUCCUUCAUUUUUCAAUUUGGCAUAGCACCCAGUGCAUCUCUUUCGUACGAGCUUAUUAUGUAUAUUUCGUGGGAUUUCCUGCAAAGAAUGUCCAGAACUGCUUGAAGAAGCAAUUGAAGAUCUUGGAGAGCUACAGGAUACUGAUGAUCUUUGAGGACGAUUACUUUCUGAGGUUGAUGCUGCAGGUCCAAGCAAGUGAUAAAUGAUAAAUGAUAAAUGAUGAUAUUUAUUUCUGUAAAUAGAUUAUAAAAUAACACUUUUACACGUCAAUAUUUCAAAUAGCUAGAUGAGGCCGGCAUUUCCUAUCCGACUACUCUGAGAAGAAAUGCCGAAACAAACUCAGAGGUCAUAGUCUCUUUUAAAGUCCAGACAAAAUCAAUUAAAGAUGUCGGAGAACCGUGCAAGUUUAUUCUGUAGUGGUCUUUUGAGGAAAGAACCACAGCAGUUUGAGCGGACCUGUUCAGAUGGCAGCACGCAUGUGUCAGUUUACAAUGAGCUCAGCUGACGGCUGUUGCUGAAUGAUCCGACGAACAAUACCAACCAAAAGAACAUUUGGGUAGGCCACACAAAUGC